AUGGCCCCAGGCGCAAGAAGAGGACUCGCUCCUCGCCGCAGACGACCUGAUGAGGAAGAUGAGAGCUCUGUCGUUGGUGACGUCGAGGAGGACUCGAUGAGUGACGGUUCAGCACUUAGCCUUGCGGACGAAGAGGCUGGGCCAGAAGCUAGCGAUGUCAGCGAAGAGAAUGAUGUCCCAGUUGCGACCGCCCCGAAGUCCGGCGCCUCGAAAUCCGCCUCGACCAAAAAAGAAUACCAGAUGCUACCAGGCAGCCAAACACAUGCAGAUACACAUCCGCAGUCGGAAGAUACUGUGUCGAUGAUGAAUGGCCUCAAGAUCUCCGAUACUUCAAAUGCUGAGCCUGAAAUACACCUUGACGAGCCUGCGCCGGAAGACGGAGUCGAAUCAGCCGAUGCAAGUCAACCCCGUUCAGAAGCGCCCAGAGCACCGAGAAGAGAAACCGCUGGCCAAAGAGCAAGAAGAGAGCACCAGGAGUAUCUCAAGCAACGGGAUUCUGACCCGGCCUUUGUGCCUAAUAGAGGUGGCUUCUUCCUACAUGACGACAGGGCUUCCAAUGCACAGGCGUUUUGGAACAAGCCAUACGGUCGCGGUAGAGGUCGAGGGUAUAAUGGCACGGUGCCUCCUCCGCGCACAGGACCAUUCAACGAACCGAUUGACAAGCCAUGGUCGCAUGAUCUGCACGACACGCACGAGAGCAGCAAGUCUCUUUCUGGCAAUCAGAUCAGCGGCCAAAUGGCAUAUAACCUCAAGUCGACUGCUCCUCCUCCCACCGUCGCGCCGAAUCGAGAGUUCUCGUUCCUGACCGUUCUGGGCAAUGUCACUGUCAACGUGUCGCUUCCGGAUAUGCAUGAGCGAAAGGCGGUGGCAGGCCUUGUCAAGAAGCAACACACUUUGCUACCCACUCAUCGUCCGCCGUUGCGGCGAGAUAAGCCUGUUCGAAUCUCCAUUCCAGAUGUUGAGCCUAGCUACAGGUUUCCCAGCACGGAGCGGUCCUUCAUCUUCAUCCCUCGAGCCCUGAGACCAAAUCAACAGCCAUACAUGCGUGGGCGAGGGCGAGGCAGCUUCCAAGGUAGCAGGCGCCCGAGUGUGAUGGGUAGCGUUUACACGCCGAGUGUAGCCAUGAGCCGCAAGUCUUCUUUUGGUGGCGUAGCUAGAGACAAUGUCCGCUCGCCUGCUGGCUCCAACUACGGCAGACCUAUGGGUAUGGAGGUCUCACGUCCAAUCGUACGCCUUCCAGCCACCGGAAUGAUGCCAAUGCACAUGGGUCCUAUGGCUGCAGGUGACGCCCAGCCUUUUCACCUACCAUAUGCGAAUGGAUCUGUUGCCCACGGUGUGCAUUCAACAGCGAUACCGAUGUAUCAGCCCAGACCGCAGAAAGCAGUUUCUGUGACCAAUAUCGAAUCGCCUGUGUCACUUUCAGUCAAAGCCCCACAGCCGCAACAAGAACAACCGUUCCAUCAGCAGGUACCGCCACAUAUGGCGCAGACCGAUGACGCGCGUGAACAACAGAUUGACCAGUCAAGCGCGCCAGGCGGAACCCCUCUGUCCCACAUUCCAGAAGGUGCAGUCUACGCCCAGCCUUUCCAGCCAUAUCCAAUGAUGCAGGCUCCGAUGUACUAUCCUGCACCAUAUCAUGCGCAGAAUAUGUUCUACCCAGGCAUGACAGAAUCAGCCCAGGGCUAUGGGAACGGCUGGACUGAUGGGACGUACCAAAUUAUGAACUUUGCGCAAAACGGGCCUCAGCCUGUUCAGCCGCCAGGCGCACCAACAGCCCCUGUCAUGCAUAUGCAAAAUGGCAUGGUCUACUAUACCGACUCUUCCAUGGGCCAAGAGAAUCAAGCCAUGAAUGGACAGCAUGGCAUGAUGCCAAUGGGUGGAACAUACGGGUUCUACCCCGUGCCAACCCCCAUGUUCUAUCAGCCUCAGCCGUGA